GCGGAGGAGGCGGCGGCCCGGCCCGGCCGCUCCCGUCUCUCUGCCCGUGGCGUAGCGGUUCCCGCCCGGAGGAGGCCGCGGCGGCGCCGCCCGCCGAGCCAUGGCCCAGGCGGGCCCCAGCGCCCAGACCGAAGAUGCUCUUCUACAACGGGUAGCAGAAUUGGAAAAGGUCAAUGCAGAAUUUCUGCGCACAAAGCAGCAACUUGAGCAAGAAUUUAAUCAAAAGAGAGCUAAAUUUAAGGAAUUAUACCUGGCUAAGGAAGAGGACCUGAAAAGACAGAAUGCAGUGCUGCAGGCGGCCCAGGAUGACCUGGGCCAGCUGCGCACCCAGCUGAUGGAAGCCCACGCUGAAAUGGAGAACAUCAAGGCCAUAGCCACAGUGUCAGAGACCACCAAGCAGGAGGCCAUCGAUGAGGUCAAGAGGCAGUGGCAAGAGGAAGUGGCUUCCCUCCAGGCCAUCAUGAAAGAGACUGUUCGUGACUAUGAGCUCCAGUAUCACCACAGGAUGGAGCAAGAGCGAGCUCAGUGGAGCCAGUACCGAGAAAACAUGGAGAGGGAAAUUGCAGAGUUAAGGAGGCGACUGUCUGAAGGCCAGGAGGAAGAAAACCUAGAAAAUGAAAUGAAAAAGGCUCAGGAAGAUGCUGAGAAGCUGCGCUCGGUUGUGAUGCCCAUGGAGAAAGAGAUUGCAGCCCUAAAGGAGAAACUGGCAGAGGCUGAAGAAAAAAUAAAAGCAGCAUCAGAGGUUAAAGAACUGAACCAUUAUUUAGAAGCUGAGAAGUCCUGCAGGACAGACUUGGAGAUGUAUGUGGCUGUUCUCAACACACAAAAAUCAGUCCUGCAAGAAGAUGCAGAGAAGUUGAGGAAGGAGCUGCAUGAAGUUUGCCAUCUCCUAGAGCAAGAGAGGCAGCAGCACAACCAGCUGAAACACACAUGGCAGAAAGCCAACGACCAGUUCCUGGAGUCCCAGAGGCUGCUGAUGAGGGACAUGCAGAGGAUGGAAAUUGUGCUCACUUCAGAGCAGCUCCGGCAGGUGGAAGAGCUGAAAAAAAAGGAUCAGGAAGAAGAUGAUCAGCAAAGGCUUAGCAAGAGAAAGGAAGAGAAGCAAAAAGAUUCAGAUGAUGAAACAAAGGCUUCAUGUUCUCUGGCCCCUGAAGAAACCCUUACCCAGCUCUCUAAUGAAGAGGUGCAUGUGAACAGCACCCAUGGCUCAGUCCAUUCCCUGGAUGCAGACUUACUUCUUUCCUCUGGUGAAUCCUUCAAUAAACCAGACUCUGAUGUGUUUAAAGAUGGACUACGGAGAGCACAGUCAACAGACAGUCUGGGCACAUCUGGAUCCUUACAGUCCAAAGCUUUAGGAUACAACAACAAAGCAAAAUCUGCUGGGAACCUGGAUGAGUCAGAUUUUGGACCACUUGUUGGAGCAGAUUCAGUGUCUGAGAACUUUGAUACGGCUUCCCUUGGAUCCUUGCAGAUGCCGAGCGGGUUCAUGCUGACCAAAGAUCAGGAAAAAGCAAUCAAAGCAAUGACACCAGAGCAAGAAGAGACUGCUUCCCUGCUCUCCAGUGUCACCCAGGGUGUGGAAAGUGCUUAUGUGUCCCCCAGUGGGUACCGCCUGGUCAGCGAGACCGAGUGGAACCUGCUGCAGAAGGAGGUGCAGAAUGCAGGGAACAAGCUGGGCAGGCGCUGUGACAUGUGCUCCAAUUAUGAGAAGCAGUUGCAAGGUAUCCAGAUCCAGGAGGCUGAGACCAGAGACCAGGUGAAAAAGCUGCAGGUGAUGCUGAGGCAGGCUAAUGACCAGCUGGAAAAGACAAUGAAAGAUAAACAGGAAUUGGAGGAUUACAUGAAACAAAGUGCUGAAGACUCCUCUAAUCAGAUCUCCUUGCUCAUGGCCAAGUGUCAGAAGUCAGAGAAUUUCCUCAGUGAGCUGCAGCAGGCAUUUCUGCAAGCCAAGAGAAGUGUCCAGGAGCAAAUGGCUGUCCUGACUCAGUCAAGGGAGCAGGUUUCAGAAGAGUUGGUAAGACUGCAAAAAGAUAAUGAAAGCCUUCAAGGAAAGCACAGCUUGCAUGUGUCCUUACAGCAGGCUGAAGAUUUCAUUCUACCAGAAGCAGCAGAGGAGCUCCGUGAGCUGAUCCUCAAGUACCGGGAAGACAUCAUCAGUGUGAGGACAGCAGCAGAUCACCUCGAGGAGAAGCUGAAGGCAGAGAUCCUGUUCUUGAAAGAGCAGAUCCAAGCUGAACAAUAUUUGAAAGAAAAUAUAGAAGAAACUCUACAGCUGGAAAUAGAGAAUUGCAAAGAGGAAAUAGCUUCCAUUUCCAGUUUGAAAGCUGAACUGGAAAGAAUAAAAGUGGAAAAGGAACAGUUGGAAAGUUCUUCGCAGGAAAACCUGCAGCAGCUGGAGAGUCUGCAGGAGGCAAAGAACACUCUAGAAGAACAGCUGAAGAAGGAGACUGCAGCAAAGGCCAACCUUGAGCAGCUGGUGUUUGAAGAGAAGAACAAAGCUCAGCGGUUGCAGACUGAAUUAGAUGUCAGUGAGCAAGUGCAGAGAGACUUUGUAAAGCUUUCUCAGACACUUCAGGUGCAGCUGGAGAGGAUCCGGCAGGCAGAUUCCCUGGAGAGGAUCCGUGCAAUCCUGAACGACACAAAACUGACGGACAUUAAUCAGCUCCCUGAAACAUGACACCCUGAUGGGCUCCGAGGCUGCGUCUGGGGUUUUUAACUCAUCUUUAUAGCAACAUUAAUUAUUAUUUAACUCUAACCGAGAGAGCAGAAGACAGCAGAGGGGAGCGAUGACUUAAGUUUUGUUUCUAGAGGGGAAAAAGGUUUUGUACUGGGCAGGAGGAGAGCACAAGGGUGACUUCUAGUGUAGGAAGGAGAACUUUCUAAUGGAAACACUAAUGAGUGCAGUGUUUCGUGUUCCACUGAGUGGGAUCAGUCCUUACAUUCUGAAAAACUUCCCUCUUUCAGCUGACUUCGUAACCUAAUAUAGAGUUUUGGAACAUAUACCCCUGUCUUUCCCUCUGUCCUUUCCCCCACUACUGUGAUCAAAGUAGCUGCUGGAAACUGUAUUGUCCCUCCAAAACAUUGAAGAGCAAAGUGGUUGAAGUUUUUCUGUUUGAAUAGUCAGUAACAGUAUUCAGCUAGCAGAGAGAAUGAGGUGUAGAGUAUGCUGUAUGAAUAUUUUAUAUUAAAAUAUGACUUUAUUAGCAGGACACUGGAUAUUGAUCUUAUUUCAUAACUCAGUACUUGUUUUUUAAAACCAUUGGCUCUGUGAAGAAUCCGAAUGCUGCUGAAAUGUGGAUAUGAGUGAGCUGUGUAUCUCCUGAACAGACAAAUGCUAAUCCAAAAGAAAAAGAAUACUAUACUAAGACUUUAACUCCUUUCCAUUUUUCUGUUGAAUUCAGAUACUGAAAGAAAAGCACAAGAAAUGCACUGUUUUGUAAUCUCUUUUCAAAAAUGUAAUUUAGAAUAUGGAGCUACAACCAGUUGUUUCUCAUCUCCUAAAGCUGAGCAGUGUCUGGAAUCCCUUCUCUGUGGAGAAAAACACCAAAAAAACCCCAAGCAAACAAACAAAAAAAAAAAACCCAAGCAGAAAAAAAACUGAUGAAAGUCAUGUGCAUGUUUGAGCAUUGGCCUGAGGUGGUGCAGGUGUGCUCUGCUCUGGGUGGCACAAGGUGUGAAGGCAGGUGCUGAAUGAGUGAAGCUCUUCCUGACCCCUCUGCUGGGUCAGCCUCGUGCAGGAGCUGCAGGAUGGUGCUGCUGCAGCUUGGAGGGGGCAGUGCAGCUCUUUGGUGACCUGGCACUGCUCAGAGGUGGCUCCUGUGCUGUCCCCUGGUUCUGCUCCCUGUUAAAUUACACUGAGCCAUGUGGCUGCAGAGGCAGGAAAUUCUUGUGAUCACUCAGUUGGCAGGUUUGGGUUUCUUGUUCUGUAAAUGUCCAGAGGUAACAUGAGCCUUCCUCCUCCUCCUCCUCCUCCUCCUGCACUGCUGGAGUUCCAUGCUUGCAGCUGGAGGGAUUCUUGAACUGUUGCAGGUGUUGAUCCUGGUGUUACAAACCCAAUUCUUGAACUUUACAGCUCAGUUAAAAGGAGGCUGAAGGAGCAGAUCUCACUGCAC